AUGCAGCAGCAUUGCAGCAGCAGGAAUGCGGCAACAGCAGCAGCAAUGCAGCAGCAGCAGCAGCAGCAAAGCAGCAGCAGCAGCCUCACCUCCGACACUGCGGAUAAGGGG